UUAAAAUGGCGGGAGCGUCUCUUCAUCAGCUGAUCGCUUUCUUCAAAUUAACGUUCAGCAAAUUUUUUGUUUGUUAAACAUGUUAUAUUAAAUACUUAACUUAAAUAUUAAACAAUUUUUCAGAAAUAAGCUAGCUUACAUAUCAAUUUAAUCGGGAAGCCUAUUGCCUUGAAAAGAAAGAGAAGAUAUAGACUGAUAUUUACAAAAGCACUGCCAUACUUUUGUGAAGGACUAACCUUCAAUUCCAUCAGAUAUUUCAACUGAAAUCUCUUUCUUUUUACCCGAAAUCUACUGGAUUUCUACAGUACAGUACUAAAGGGAAGCCUAUUGCCUUGAAAAGAAACUUAAGAAAUAGAAGAUAUAGACUGAUAUUUACAAAAGAUUUAAAGACAGCAGGCUUCUAACUGAAGAUGGCAGUCAAUAAAGAUUUUAGUAUUGGAGAUUUCGUUUGGGCAAAGAUGAAGGGUUUUCCUUUUUGGCCAGCCAAGAUAGUAGAACCCCCUACAGAUAAAAAAUCUACUCCUAAAAAGGCACGUCAUUAUGUAUUCUUUUUUGGAAGUCUAAAUUAUGCAUGGAUACAAGAUGAAAAUAUUGUACGUCAUUCUGAAGAAAUGCUACAGUCUACUUCCAGUAAGAAAAAAUCAGCCCUUUUAAAAAUAGCAAUAAAACAAAUCAUUGAAGAAGCACCCAAACAAGCUAAAUCACUAGUCAAAGAAAUUGAAUAUCCUGAGAAGUCUCCUGAAGUAUUGACAAGUGGUCCUGAAAAGAACAUUGCUAAAGUACAAAGAAAGAAAGUGAAAACUGAAGCAGAGGAAGAAAACACUACAGAUGCACCCAAACAAGCUAAAUCACUAUUCAAAGAAAAUGAAUCUCCUGAAGUAUUGACAAGUGGUACUGAAAAGAAAAUUUCUAAAGUACAAAGAAAGAAAGUGAAGAAGGAAAACCAGGAAGUUCGGAAGAGAGUUUUACCUAAACGAUGUUGUACGGAUAAAUCAGAUUAUGAAAGAACAUCUCCUCCUCAGAAGUUAAUUAAAAGGCCUACUGAAGAUUUCUCUGAAUUAAAUACACCUCCUAAUUUAAACUAUAAGCGUAUAGCUGUUAGCAGACCAUUAGAUGAGUAUCCUUCUUCAGGAAUUACCAGCAGUGAAUUUCAGUCGUUUCCUACUUUUGAUUUACAUGAACCCAAUGAAGCCAUAAAAGCAAAAAAUGUCACGCCAUCGCAUAAGAAGAUAGGAUUUCUUGGUCUCGGAAUGUUGGGUCAAAGGCUUGUUAAAAAUCUGCUUACUUCCAAUCACAAGGUCACAGUUUGGAAUCGAACCCCUGAGAAAGGUGCAGAUUUUGCUAAUGUUGGGGCUGAGCUUGCACAUACUCCAAGUGAUGUGGUUGAGAACUCUGACAUAAUUUUUUGCUGUGUUUCUGGUCCUGAGGCCUCAAAAAGCCUGGUUUUUGGAAACUAUGGCGUUCUGUCAGGUCUUGAAAAGUCGCCACCUGGGUCAAAAAGUUAUGUUGAAAUGACUGCAUUAGAUCCAACUACAUCAAUAAACAUUGCAGAAGCUAUCACACGUAAAGGUGGAAGAUAUCUUGAAGCUCCCUUCAGUGGAUCAUUAAGAAGCGUAGAAGAUGGAAGUCUGUUAAUUUUGUGUGCAGGCGAUAAGAAAGUUUUUGUCUCGUGUCACAGUUGCUUUUUUACCCUUUCAAGAAAUGCCUAUUAUCUUGGCUCUGAUGUUGGCUCCGGAUCUAAGAUGAAUCUGAUUCUUAGUACAUUAGUGGGAGUAUCAUGUGUUGCCUUUGCAGAAGCCAUGGCACUUGUUGAGCGUUGCAAUCUUUCUCAGGUCGACUUCUUUGAAAUUAUGGAACUUGGACCAAUAUGUUCACCUCUUCUUAAAGAACUAGGAAAAGCCAUAAUAUCACGUAACUUUAAAACUAAUACUUCUCUUAAGCAUCAACAAAGAGAUAUAACUUUGGCUCUUGCAUUGGAUAAUGACCGUGAACUCCCAAUGUCAGUCACGACAGCAGCAAAUGAAGUGUUCGAACGUACUAAACUUCGAAAUAAUUCUGACCAUGAUGUAUCUGCUGUUUACAUGGGAACUGAGUAUUAGUUUCAGUUCAUUGUUUUGCUAUACUAUGUUAUAUACCUGAAGGACAAAUAUGGUUUUUUUAUCCCAAUUCAUUGUAAAAUGUUAUAAAAGAUUUAAUAAUCCAUUAAAGAUAUCAAUCAUAAAAUUUUA